GGGACUUCUGAGCAGUUCACGGGUUCUCUUACUGUAACCAGCUCCCCUGUGGAAAGUCGAUGUUCUCCAAGUAAACACACCGCAUCUUACUAGAGGGGACAUCCCGGAACCACAAGUCGGAGCACCGCGUUUCCUGAUCGACCUCCUUGGCGAUCACUUCCGCCCAGGGGUUGGAAUACUCGAGGCCCUUCUACGGAGAACAACAAGAAAGGCACUUCCGGUGUCUGUUGCCAAGGCGCGGGCCCGGUGGGCCGUAGGGGCGACAUUAUUGGCAUCGUCCUCCCCCCCCUUCCCGGGGGUCGAAAUGUCGGGACUCAGCUCCCCAGAGAUGGAGGGCUGUCGUAAUCUGCUCGGCCUACUGGAAAACGACGAGAUCAUGGCCCUGUGCGACACCGUCACCAACCGCCUGGUGCACCCUGAGGACCGCCAAGAUGCCAUUCAUGCAAUAUUAGUGUACAGUCAAAGCGUAGAAGAACUUCUGAGGCGUAAAAAAGUCCACCGAGAAGUCAUAUUUAAGUACUUGGCAACACAGGGGGUUGUUAUACCUCCAGCUACUGAAAAACACAAUCUUAUUCAGCAUGCAAAAGAUUACUGGCAAAAAAAGUCACAACUGAAAUUGAAAGAAACACCAGAGCCAGUAACAAAGACAGAGGACAUCCGACUCUUUCAACAGGCAAAAGAAGAUAAAAAAGCUGAAAAAGUUGAUUAUCGUCGCCUAGGAGAAGAAUUCUGUCACUGGUUCUUUGGACUUCUUAAUUCUCAGAAUCCUUUUCUGGGACCACCUCAAGAUGAAUGGGGGCCACAGCAUUUCUGGCAUGACGUCAAGCUUAGGUUUUAUUACAACACCUCAGAACAAAAUGUGAUAGACUACCAUGGAGCAGAAAUCGUGAGCCUUCGUUUGCUAUCAUUAGUAAAAGAAGAAUUUCUUUUUCUCAGCCCCAACCUUGAUUCCCGUGGACUGAAAUGUGCUUCUUCUCCCCAUGGGCUGGUUAUGGUUGGAGUUGCUGGGACUGUCCACCGAGGGAACACUUGUUUGGGUAUUUUUGAACAAAUUUUUGGACUCAUCCGUUGCCCUUUUGUGGAGAAUACUUGGAAAAUCAAAUUUAUCAACCUGAGAAUUGUUGGAGAGAAUUCCCUUGCUCCUGGAACAUUACUGAAACCAGCUAUUACAUUUGAACAAAGUGAUUUAGAGGCCUUUUAUAAUGUAAUCACUUUAUGUGGCACCAAUGAAGUACGACUUAAUGUAAAGCAGGCAUUGGAUAGUGGAACUGGAGACCAAGCUUUAUGUGGUGGAAAUGAGGCAUUGCUGAACAAAAGAGAAGUGAGUUUGCCUAAGUCUUUAAAACCUUGAGGACUAUAUGUCAACCU